CUGCCUUCCGCCAUGAGCUGUCUGGAUGUGAUGUACCAAGUCUACGGUCCUCCCCAGCCUUACUUCGCCGCAGCCUACAGCCCUUACCACCAGAAACUCGCCUUCUACUCGAAGAUGCAGGAAGCGGCCGAGAGCUCCGCCAGCAGCGCCAGCGGCCCCUUCGCCAGCCACGCCGCCCCGGCCAGCAUCAAGGAGGAGGAGGGCAGCCCGGAGAAAGAGCGCCCCCCCGAGGCCGAGUACAUCAACGCCCGCUGCGUCCUGUUCACCUACUUCCAAGGGGACAUCAGCGCGGUGGUGGACGAGCACUUCAGCCGGGCCCUCAGCCAGCCCAGCAGCUACUCGCCCAGCAGCGCCAGCGCCAAGGCGGCCAGGAGCUCCAGCGCCUGGAGGGAUGGAUCAUUCCCUAUGAGUCAACGUAGUUUCCCGCCCUCCUUCUGGAACAGCACCUACCAGCCUUCCUCGGUGCCUGCGUCCCUGGGAAGCCCCCUGGCAGCCACUGGCCACACUGAACUGCCCUUUGCUACAGCAGACCCUUAUUCACCAGGCUCAUUGCACAGCCAUCUCCACCAGGGUGGCCCAGAGCCCUGGCACCCUGCCCACCACCACCACCAUCACCACCACCACCACCCGUACAUCGGCACACAGAGCUCCUCCUAUCCCCGCCCCACCACGGUGCACGAGGUCUACGGUCCACACUUUGACCCUCGGUAUGGCUCACUGCUGGUGCCCGCGGCUUCUGUGCGCCCCCAUCGCCUCACGCCUGCUUCCGUGCCCACGCCUGUGAGCCCCCAGUGCGAGCUAGGCAAGGGUGAGCCUGCCACUUCAGCGUGGACAACACCAGCACCUUUCUCCAGCCCAGCAGGGGAGAUGGCACAGGGCCUAGGGCUCAGUGUGGACGCAGGUUUGCAGCCUCAGGAUAAAAGCAAGGAUCUCUAUUGGUUUUAGACCUGCCUUUCCAUCUUCUCUUACCCUCUAGUCAGAUCUCUGCCUAAGUAAGACUGCUGACAGAGCUGAAAUCGAGUCGGUUUGUAACAGCUUCUGAUCUUGGUUUACAGCUCGCCGUUAUUCCUUCUGCGGUGGAUCCCUCCUGAGCUGAGCUGCUGAGCCUAAAGCUCCUGCCCCAAAGCCCCGUCUUCCCACCCUUGCAUCAUUCAGCAUCCCAUGUCACAUUUCAAGGACAAGAACAUGGGACAGGACAUGGGAGAGAAAAGCUGCUUCAACUUGGCAUUUCAGCAACAG